AUGCAAGCCUCUUCUCUCUUCAUUGCCCAUGCCUCCAUGGUCCCCAAACCAUCUCAUUAUUCACCUUUGAAAACAAAAAAGAACUACUCAUUGCCUCCAGAGAAGAUUGAAGUUUUCAAGUCAUUGGAGGGCUGGGUUUCAAAGCAAGUUCUUCCACUUCUCAAGCCAGUGGAAGAAAGUUGGCAGCCACAGGACUUCUUGCCCGACUCAUCAGGACUAGGAGCCUCUAAUGUAUUUACUGAUCAAAUAAAGGAGCUACGUGAUCGGACAGUCGGGCUGUCCGACGAGUACUUUGUAGUAUUGGUGGGUGAUAUGAUAACGGAGGAAGGUUUGCCACUGUACCAAACCUUGCUAAGCAAUGCGGAUGGAGUGAGGGACAAGAGUGGAUCAAGCCAAAGCCCUUGGGCUGUUUGGACCCGAUCUUGGAGUGCUGAGGAGAAUAGACAUGGCGAUUUGCUUAGAACUUAUCUCUAUUUGUCUGGCAGAGUUGAUAUGCUUAUGAUCGAGAAAACCAUUCAGUACCUGAUUGGAAAUGGCACGGAUCUGGGAUUAGCUAGCAAUCCAUAUUUGGGGUUGGUAUACACUUCGUUCCAAGAGCGAGCCACCGCUAUAUCCCAUGGCAACACAGCUCGUUUAGCCAAGGAAGGUGGCGAUCCAGUGCUUGCACGCAUAUGUGCCACAAUUGCUGCAGAUGAGAAACGUCACGAGAAAGCUUACACAAAGAUUGUGGAGAAGCUUCUAGAAGUGGACCCCAAUGAAGCAAUGAUAGCUAUUGGAGAUGUAAUGCACAAGAGAGUCACUAUGCCAGCUCAUCUAAUGUACGAUGGGCAAGACCCACACUUGUUCCACCAUUUCUCUCUUGCGGCUCAACGGCUUGGAGUAUACUCAGCCAAUGACUACAUUGGCAUCUUGGAGUUCUUAAUCCAGCGGUGGAAACUAGACAAGUUGGAGGGUUUGACGAGUGAAGGUAAAUAUGCACAGGAUUUUGUGUGUGGACUGCCACCUAGGACUAGAAAGGUUCUAGAGCGGACCAAUAAGAGAGAAUCACUCCUUGCCAAGGUCAGCUGGAUAUUCAAUAAGGAAAUAUCUAUUUGA